AUGUUCGACGGAUACAACGGUCGCCGACGGUUAAAAAAUACUUUAGCCAUAGCUCUCGGUCUCAUAGUUUUAAUAGCACUUUAUUAUACACCACCAGCAAAAGUAUCUCCAUCUCAAGAAAAGCCAGUACCACAAAUAAUUGCACAAGCACCAAACACUCCAUCACAGCCGAUAGUAACAAAACAAAGACCAGGUGUUCUAUCAAAUAUUGAAUUUAUUAAUUCUCCUUAUCUAUCUCUUCAUUUAUUGCACACUAAUUUCAUACCAAUCAUUGUCCUAUCGAAAGCUGCUAAUGUUGAAAUACGUGAUUCUAUACGACGUACGUGGGGUUUUUAUAGGCCAUAUCUCAAUGAUACACUACGUAUUAAGAUAUUUUUUCUCGUUGGUACAGAUGAUUUUAUGAUACAACGUAUACGUACUGAACAAAUUGUUUUCGAUGAUGUGAUUCAAGUUUCUAUGCCAGAUAUGCAUACAUUUUCUGCUUUUAAAGAAUAUUCUGCCAUGCUAUGGGUUCGUAAUUACCUACCUAACGUACCAUUCUAUAUAAAAGCGGACGAUUGUCUUAUUAUUAAUAUGAGAGUUUUAGUUGGCAAAUUUUUAUCAAUACUGAAACCGCUUGCUAAUAAAAGUGUUGUGAUUGGUUGGUAUCUCACAGAAAAUACUGUACAACGUGAUCGCUUUCAAAAACUUGCAAAUUCUGUAAUGAGCGAAACAGAUGGUGACUUCCGCUUUGCAAUGAAUUUAUUUUAUGUCGUAACCGCAAAAGGUGCUGAUCGCAUGUUGGAAACAUUAAGUAAAAUUGAACAAGUCGAUUGUCCUGGUGAAAUAUUUGUGACCGGUAUUCUUCGAGAUGCUGCCAAUGUUGAUAUGACUAAUUUACAGCUAUAUGCGGAAAAUUUUAGAUUUGAAUUCGCUGAUGGAUCAUGUAGAAGCGCAUUUGAGAAAGAUCGUAACUUAUUAAUCUGUACAUCAUCAUCACAUAUUGGUCCUAUUCGUUCCAUGUCUGAAUAUUUCGAUGGUUGGCAUGCAAUAACCGCACCACUACCAGCAUAG